GCUUACUCAAUGGCUGUUGUUGGCGUUGGCUGCAAUGGCGAAUCUAUUUGCUCAAAGCAUGUCACCAUGCUCACGGCCGUAAUUAUGAACUUUGGAGUCAUCUCCUGUUGUCUCGGCCAUGCCGGGGGGGAUCAUGAUGGCCAUCUCGGGGCGAAGGGGGGAAGCUGCAUAGAGAGCGAGAGGAGAGCUCUCCUAGCCAUCAGAUCCGAUAUGUACGACUCCGGCAAAAGAUUCUCUUCUUGGAUCGGUGAAGAUUGCUGUAACUGGAGAGGAGUGACCUGCGAUGACAACACCAGCCAUGUCAUCAAGCUCGACCUCCACUAUCUCGACACUCACAAUUUCUACACAUAUGAUUUGGAUGACGAUGACGAUAUGUGCUUCAUGUUAGAAGGGAUGGGUGCAAGCGAGGUAAAUCCUGCUUUGCGUGAUCUGAAGCAUUUGAAAUAUCUGGAUUUGAGCAUGAAUAAUUUCUCCGACGCCCACAUUCCCCACAUGAUUGCUUCACUUGUGCAUUUGGAAUAUCUUAACCUAUCCAAUGCCAUGUUUGGUGGACUAAUACCUUCUCAACUGGGGAACCUCUCCAACCUACACUUCCUCGAUCUUGGAGGAUGUGGAUUUACUGAUCUACGAGCUGAUGACCUUGAAUGGCUCUCCCAAAUUCCUUCUCUAAAAUAUGUUGAUAUGAGUUUUGUCGAUCUCUCUAAAGCAACUAAUUGGCUUCACCAAGUUAAUUGGAUCCCCAGUCUUAAAGUAUUGCACUUGGGGUGGGCAAAUCUCCCUUGUGUUCCAUCACCUUUGCCCCCAUUUAAUUUGACUUCAAUUGUAAAGCUGGAUCUCUCUGGUUAUUCCAACUUGAACACAACAAUUCUAAGAUGGCUCUCUCAUGCUAGCAGCCUUAUAUAUCUUAAUCUUUUUGACUGCAGUGGUGUUGAUAUUGAUUCACUACAAGAGAAAUUUUUGGAAUAA